GCUACCAAGCCAUCAGACGAUGAUGGUGGUAAUACUUGAAUGCCUUGCCCAAUGUCGACUCUCGAGUCCUUCUUCUCUUCCACCUCCCCUUAGCAUGUCCCCUCCAUAUACGGCGUCGCAUCCGCUGUGCCGCUGUCACCCCGCACACUCUUCCCUGCUCAUCACACGGACAUGCGAGUAGGAGGAGAAAUGAAGAUCUUCGUCUCUACCGUCGCUAUUCAAGGCCUUUCCCCGCGUUCUCUGCUGUCACCUUCCCGGUACCCCAACCGACCAUUGGGGUUGCGUUACAUAUCGGACCAUGUCUCUGAUCGGGAUCUGUCACCGUCUUGGCUCUCUUCUUUUAACCUUUCUACUUCCUUUCUUGGUACGCGAAAGGCAGUCCUCUCGAUGUAAGGCAACCUGCGAUACAACUCUAUGUUCCUGGCCUGGUGAUCUGGGCGACCUGGGUGACGUUGGACCUGCCAUUGAACCAGGUUUUCUGUUGAGAGAAGUGAUUGUUUCCCGGCAUCACAUAAAAGCUUGUUCGAGGUCCGCGGCAUUGGUUCUGAUGGAGAGUUUGGGUUGGCAGUUUUACACGACCUAUGUAAAUGUAACAGCGUAGAUAGUGGUAAAAAAUGCUGUUAUUAUAAGUGAACGACA